AUGACGUCACCAGGGCCACGGGCGCCCGUGACCUCAGCGCGUCGGGCGCUCCUCGCCUCCGGGCCGCUGCCGGCUAGUGUCGCCCUGCGGCUGCGAGAAGGUUACGCGCUGCCGCCGCCGGCGCUCUGGGGACAAGCGCAAGGCUACCGCAGAGCGGGUCUGGAAAAGGUGUUUUGCGGCCGUGGAGGCGCGCUUUACUUCCACAUCCGGGAGACCGAAAAGGAGUGCUUUAUUGAGGAGAUUCCGGACGAGACCAUGGUUAUAGGACGCAACUGUAUGACAAGCAGCGGGAGGAGUACCAGCCGCCCCCCCGGGCUUGGCAUGUUCGUGCCGGUGAAGGACCCCAAAGGACAAGGUCAUCCUGGCCCGGCAGUAUGGCUCUGAAGUCAGAUUCAAAUUCACCUCCCAUACCCCCGGCAAACACCAGAUCUGUUCUGUGGUCUCUCUUAGAGUCGGGAUUAUGAUAUAAUGGCCGCCUUUUGGUUUCUCAAACUGCCAUAUUCUUUUUUGCUCUAGGCCUUCUGUAUGUGCUAUUCCUUCUGGCCCAACACACUUCCCCCCAGCUAACUCCUAGUCAUGAAUGCAGUUCUAAAAAGCAGCCUUCCCUGACCAUCUAGACUAGACCAGAGCUAGUAUCACAUCAUUCUUAGCGCAUACCCUUCUCAGAAGCACGCAUCACCUUUACCUGUUGUUUGAGCCUCGCCUCAUUUGGUAUCAGACCAUAGGCUCCACGCGCAAGAAUGUGCCUGUCUGGAUCACUCCGCUUCUCUGAUGGCAGAGAGCAGAGCACCCCCCCACACACACACACACACACCUUUCAGGUAAGGGUAUUGGGCCCUAAGAUCACAUACUCUGGUCUGAGGUUACUCUCCAGUGGUCUCCCACCCUCCCCAGCCUUCAGCUCAGUCCACUCGUACUUUCCAGAGGCCAGUUAUGACCACACCCACAAAUGAGCAAAUCUCCAAGGCUUGCAGUGUUCCUCAAGCAUAUCCUAGGGGAGGAUGUGUCUGUCUCCGGGGCCAAGUGCUCGGGCUGUCCCCACAUCCCCUCCUCAUGGGGGGGGGGUUCUCUUUAUUGACAUCCUUGGCCUUGAUGAUUUGGACUUCAUUUUGUCGAGGGUGCCAACCAGUGAAUUUCCUUAUAACAGAAAAUGUCAGAUUCACAUGAGAGAUGACUAUUACAACAGGGCAACCAGCAGGGGUAGGAUGUGGGCUAGAUCAGGCAGAUGCAGGGGGUGCACAGAUGCCUGGUCAUCAAACCAGAUGUGGAGGUUGCGUUACAGGAGAUGCUGACUAUAAUGGAAACAAUUACUUGGAAUCCUAUUUUUAAAAAGAAGAAGAAAAGAAAGCAUCUCCUGAAAAAAAUUAACCUGUGACAUCAUAAAGAGAGACACAGGUUGGUUGAAAAAUAGUACGAAGACAGAGGUGUCCAUCUGAUUUCCUGGAAGAAGCCAGCAGUCCACGUAACUAGAGUAGAAUAAUAGCUCAUGAACCUGACUGGAGCCCACAGACAGGCACAGGAUCACCACAGGUACUCAGGUUACCCGUUAGGUGGGCCCAAACUGGACUUUUCUGGCAAGGGCUCCACAGGUUGCUGAGGU